UACUUCCAGCCCUUCACUGAAACUUUCCCCACCUCUCUGCAAUUCUCAGCACAGCCAGGGCAGCACCUGGCUUUUGUUGCCUUAGCAGAAAUUCAGUUUUUGCCUGGUGCUGUCCAAUCUCUGAGUUUUCUCGCCUCCUUUGUGUUUCCUACCCAUUUUCUUCACAACACAAGUACUGAGACAUCUAAAAAUUCUUCUGUGUGUGCUUCCCAAUGUGACAUUCUCACUCCAGUGCCAUGUGUGCCCCUUCCAGGUGACCCCCGUGUGAGUGAGAUGCUGGAGCUGGCCUGCAUGCACACUCUCUUUGUGCGGGACCACAACCGCCUGCCUGGAAAGCUGAGGAGCCUCAAUCCCCACUGGAAUGAUGAGAGGCUCUACCAGGAGGCAUGAAAGAUCCUGGGAGCCAUGAUCCAGAUCAUAACCUACAGACCUCUCCUGCUGGGAUGCAGGUUCCACAGGCUCAUUCCUCACUAUCGGGGCCACAGCGAGUCUGUGGAUUCUCGGAUAUCCAAAAUUUUCACCUUGGCUUUUCACUUUGCUCACGCCUCAGUCCCUCCAACUGUUGGCUGCUUGGAUGAAUAUUACAAACCCAUAACUCCUGAAAUUCAACUCAGAACCUCCUUCUUUGCUGUCUGGAGGAUCAUUCAAGAAGGUAAAUCCUUUCCUGCAGCUCUGCAGUGUGGGUUUAUUUCAUUCAUCCUUUCCUGCCCUCUCUUGAUGACCUCCUGCUUCAGCCAAAUUCAAAAGCAUUUUAUAUUCAAUGUAUUAAAUGGCCUUUACUACCAGCCAGAGUCAUCUCAACAGAAGGAUAACCCUGUAGACAAGGGCAGCCAAUCGUGUGGAAUUGAUGCCACCUCUGCAGGUGGGAUUGAUCCCUAUCUCCGGAGCCUCGUGGCCUGCCAGGCCAAGCUGCUGAUGCAGCAGCAGAGGGUGGUGGGCGAGCUCCGGGACAGGCUCUUUGAGCAGCUUGAAAGGAUUGGGUUUGAUUUAGCUGCACUCAACAGGCAGUGCAGUCGAGAUCACAGCCUUCCAGGUUACAACUCCUGGAGAAAAUUCUGUGGGCUCUCACAGCCAUCUGGAGUGAAGUCACUUGGUCAAGUGUUGAGGAAUCAGAACCUGGCAAGGAAGUUCCUGCAGCUCUAUGGGACACCGAAGAACAUGCGAGUCCUUCCGCCCAGGCUGUUCCAUGCUGUUGCAUUCUUUUCUGUCAGGCCUGUCUUGGUGUCACAAAAAUCUUCAUGAGCCAGAACACUUUUUCUUGUAAAACCUCUUCUCUUGUCAUUAUAAGCACUUCCAGCCAUGCUUUUGCUCAUAAAUUAGUCUCCAAAGUGAAUCUGUGCCUUGUUGUGGGAGGAUGGAUGGAGCUAGUGAUGCAGGCAAUCUUGCCCCUGGUAAAUUGCAGCUGUGCCAAUUACCAAAGAGUGGAACAGCCUUGCCUUCACAGCUGUAUCCAACAAGGAUGGGAGUUAUGAAGGAGUGGGUUAGCAGUUAUGAUAAAGUUCCUUUUCAUGCAGUUGUUUUAGGAGAUGAAAUGCAGUUGGAGCAGUCCCAGGUUACACCUGCAUUUUCCUGAUUUACUCCUUGCUGAUGCUGUCUGAACAUGCAGCUGCCUCUGGCCAGGAAAACUUAGGGAGUUGUUGCUCUUGUUUUAUCUUUUUGUCUCGACUUGUGGUACUUUUCCCUCUGUGCAUGGGGAAUGUCCAGCUGCUCAGCUUGGUCCCUCCAGUGCCUGGAUGUGUAGGACAGGGUCUGGCUGCUCAGAUUGCUCUUUUUCUUUCUCCCUUCCAAAAUACUGAUUUCAGAUUCCCUGGACAUCUUGCAGCCAACUCGCUUGGUGAAGAUCAAGGUUUGCACAAAUUGGGACAGCCUGGGGUCAUAGAAUCAUGGAAUGCUUUGGACUAGAGUGGACUUAAAUAUCAUCCAGUUCCACCUCUGCCAUGGUC